GCCAGCCCCGUAACCCGUUUUCAAGUGUUGUAUUUGGCAUCCUCCAUUGGAGCUGAAUGUAAGAGACGAACAUGAACUGAGAGAAGCAAAUAGCAGCGCGCAAAACCAAAGGUCGUCUCGUCUUCAUUCCUUUUCUUCCGGUUUUGGAGAGUUGAAAACGUUUUAUUGAUAGUUUAGCCAACACAAUGAGCACUCAACCUCUUCAUGAUGAUGAAGACGAUAACGGUGAAGUUUUCCUUGAUGCGUCUGACAUCGUCCAUGAAGUUGCCAUGGAUAAUGAAGAUCUUCCUGAAGCUGAUGAUGAUUCUGAACUCGAGGAUGAGGAUGAUGGUGAUUUUGUGCACAAAUUCACUGCCCAUACCGGGGAAUUGUACUCAGUUGCCUGCAGCCCAACAGAUGUGGCUCUGGUGGCUACUGGGGGCGGUGAUGACAAAGGAUUUCUCUGGAAGAUUGGUCAAGGGGAUUGGGCUUUUGAGCUUCAAGGUCAUGAAGACUCUGUAUCCAGUUUAGCUUUUAGCUAUGAUGGACAGCGUUUAGCAUCAGGAAGCUUAGAUGGAACUAUUAAAGUAUGGGAUGUAUCUAGAAAUUUUGAAGGUAUAAAUCUGGAAGGUCCUGGAGGGAGCAUUGAGUGGCUCAGGUGGCAUCCAAGAGGACACCUACUCUUAGCUGGUUCUGACGAUUUCAGUAUUUGGAUGUGGAAUACUGAUACGGCUGCCUUUCUUAAUACAUUUAUUGGUCAUGGCAAUAGUGUAACGUGUGGUGAUUUUACUCCCGAUGGGAAAUUAAUAUGUACUGGUUCUGACGAUGCAACCUUGAGAGUAUGGAAUCCUAGAAGUGGAGAAAGCAUUCAUGUUGUGCAGGGUCAUCCAUAUCAUACUGAGGGAUUAACAUGCUUGACAAUAAAUUCAACUUCAACUCUUGCUCUUUCUGGUUCUAAGGAUGGAUCUGUCCAUAUUGUGAAUAUCACCACAGGAAAUGUUGUUGAUAAUAAUGCUCUUGCUUCUCAUUCAGAUUCCAUAGAGUGUGUUGGAUUCGCACCAAGUGGUUCCUGGGCGGCAGUUGGAGGCAUGGAUAAAAAUCUGAUCAUCUGGGAUAUAGAGCAUUUAUUACCCCGAGGCACUUGUGAACACGAGGAUGGAGUGACAUGUUUGGCAUGGCUUGGUGCAUCAUAUGUGGCUACUGGUUGUGUGGAUGGUAAAGUGAGAGUGUGGGAUAGUCGGUCUGGUGAAUGUGUAAAAACAUUCAAGGGGCACUCUGAUUGCAUUCAGUCUCUUUCUGUGUCUGCUAAUCGGGAUUACCUUGUCUCGGCCUCAAUUGAUGGAACAGCUUGUGCUUUUGAGGUUGAAAAUUUUCGGUAAGCAAUCCCUGUUGCGUAGGAUGAGGUUUUCAAUCAUCUAAGUGAAGCCCUCUGUGUUUAUGUCCUUGGAGGGCGGGGUGUUACUCUACAGAUCUCAGAUUGUUAUUUUUAUGCUGAAAGUUAAAAACUGUAGUAGCAUAUGCUUUUCCUGGACCGAGACAUUAUAGAUCGAAAGGUAGAAUUUGUUUUAGCUUAUUUUUCACCAUUAAUAUUAUUGGUUUUGAUGUUCAUACUGACUUAAAAUGUGUACAUGAAGGUGGUAUUUAUUC